AUGACCAGCAAGUCCAAGCUGACCAAACCACCUCCUCCCUUGGACAUCGAUGAAGACCCGGCGGCGACUUUGAGAAACUCAGCGCAGCCCCGACAGGCCGAAAGAGGCAUCGAGUACAUCCCUCCCUCUCUGGAAAGCGCCACCGACAAUAAAUCCCGCAAAGACAGCAUAGGCGUCGUAGACCACCUUCGUCGAGCGUUUUCGCUGCACAAGUAUCGAGGCCCGAGCAGAAAGCCAGGCGGAGGGGGUAUGAAGAGGAAUCAGAGCGAUACGAGGUUUGAUGCCAAAGUCAGUGAGGGAGGAGGCCUCAAUGCUACCAAGAAGCUAUGGAGCUAUCCAACGUUCUCUAUGAGGGAUAAGACGCGGGAGGAGAUCAGCUUUGAGAUGAUCUUGAAAGAAGAGAUACCUGCACCCCAACCUCAUCCCAGUCCGAGUAGCUUCAAAGGUAUGUCUUUCCAGAUUAAGGGUAUGCAAGGACCAACGUUGAAAGGCCUUCACCAUCCUCUUCCUCGACUUGGCUGCCACUCGAAAUCAUCCACGACCCUCGAACGAGACGCCGACCCCACAUGGCCGCCUCCACUGCCUAAACCUCCUGCCCCGGCACCUCCGCCUAAGUCGACCAUUACCUCUGCUCAGCUCGCCAACUUUCGUAAAGCGUCGGCGCCGAUACUUCGGAGACGACCUCUCCCUCAACCCCCGGCUCCCUUCACUGACAUGGGCCGCUCGUCCUUCUAUCAGACUCAGGACGGCAGUAUCCGUUACGCGCCAGCAACUAUCAGGCUCGUCCCUCGGCCUUCGGCCCCACCUUCUCCUGUCCCAAUGCCCUUUGGACCGAGCGCUACCUUCACCACCAGCACCCCCAUGGCCAGAAGGGUCCACUCGGCGUCGAAUGUCCUCGAGGCCAAAGUUACUAGAAGACCGACUGCGAGCUUGAUGCCAAGGAAACCAGUACCUCGCUUUUUGGAUGUACCAUUUGAAGGGGAUGACGGCCAUAUCUCGGGAGUGACAGCUUUCACAAGGUCUCCACCAGCAUCGACUCCGAAGCCUACAAGGACUGCUACAGAAUUCAGAAGUCAACACCUCCCAACGCCUCCUACUCCAAAGUACGACGUCUAUGCCGAUCCUUUUGUACCGACCCCAUCAAGACGACCACCGGAUACCUACGACGACUCUUACGAGCACUAUCAGAAUACUCUGUUUGAAGAUGUUCUCAACACCUGGGGUCUCCCGCUUGAUCUUUUGGCGCAAUCCGUAUCGCGCUCGAGGAGGGAAUCCCUGAUCGAAGCUAGCAAGUCCAGCCACGGCAGUCAAGCAAGUCGUACAAGUCGCCCCACCGGCCUUCAAAUCUAUAGCAAGCCAUCAAUCAUGUCAAUUCCUGCCGUCCCAACCCACCCGAGGCUUCAGAACCACAAGCCGUCCCCUCUAGGAGAGCGUCGAGUCUUCCAAAACCAGGUGACGUUCCAAAGUGAACCCAGAAGAAAGCAUGGGACGGUGAAGAAUUUUGUUUCGAUGGAUGAACGGAGGUUGAGGCAGCCUGUUGGUCGGGUGAAGGACAUUGUGGAUAUCAUCGAAGACCGUCAAGGUGACAGGACUAUCACCCCGGUUAGAGAGUUGGGAAGAAUCCUCCACCGACCAUCAUCCGUUUCUUCUGAUAAUCUUCACUCGGAGAGUAAACGUCUGAGUAAGUCACACUUUCGGGUCCCGGAGCAACUUGACAUUGACGUGUCUUGAUAAUCAGUGAACGAGGCAAGGAGUAAAGCCCGCCCUCCAAGGUGGAUCUAGUCCGGAGCCUCGAGGAUGUGGUGGUAUCAUAUCAAACGCCUCUAUUUCAUAUUUAUCA